AUGAUGGUGCAAAUGCUGUCACCAAACGCACCAAUAUUCGGGGACAAUCAGGGGCAGACUCCCCUUAGCACUAUCGACACCGAGACGUCCUCCCCUCGAGAAAGCGUUUUUGAACGCAACACUAAUUUUAUGACUGGUACCGCUUUUUUUCAGCAGAUCGAUCUCCUCGACCGUUCUGUGACUCGGGCACAAGGGACAGACAUGAAAGUCGGUGGCUUCCUGGGAAGUUCGACCUUUGAACCAAAUACUUGGGUCGCAGACAUCUACCGUGACAUAGAUCAGACGGUCGAACAGGCACGAGUUGCAGACGCGACCAAGAUCCACAGGUCAUUGGACAUGUUCUUUGCAAAUGUGCAGCCGCAUUACCCAUGCAUGAACGAAGGCUACCUGCGUGCGCAAUUCUCUGCCUUUGUCGCAAACGACUCAAAUUCUCUUACAAAGAACGGUUCGGUACAACUAGCCGCUCUUCUGCAAUUUAUCAUGGCAGUGGUGAGCAUUUUGUGCGACGGUUCCACCCAGGGUCAAUACCUCCCGGGAUGGAAGGAGUUCUGUCGUGGUGACAAGCUCCUCAGUCACGCUACGUGGCUAGAGAGAGCUAAUAUUGUGACGAUUCAAACGCUGCUUGUGAAAACGCUAUAUUUCAUGUAUGCGGGGCUUUUGAAUUCGGCCUAUGAUACAAUGGGUACGGCGGUACGGCUUUGUUUCCAGUUAGGGCUACACAAUGAACCCUCAUGGGGUGAGGAUUGCAAGUUCUAUGACAGAACAUACCGGCAGCGAGUUUUCUGGUCGGUCUUUUGUCUGAACCACAAUGUUGCUCAGACGCGCGGUGUGCCUGAACUCCUCCGGGAGUCAGAUCUCAAUGUUGGCCUGCCCAAAUGCGUUGAUGAUCGCAUGCUAUACCCGGAUUGUCCUUCCCUGCCGGAAAUGCCUACAACUUCUCCCGUUCCCUACCUCUUGGAAACUAUCAAGUUGACGAGACUCUCCUCGGAGGUCUGGGAAGCCAUGUUUGGUGUACGAGCAAAGAAGCCGGUCAGCCAAGAUUUCAUUGCUGCCAUGGACAAUAAAAUUAUUGAAUUAUCACGAGAGAUCCCUUCCUCACUCCGUUGGCCUCAAACUGCUGGAUCCCAGCAGAUCUACGACGGAGCACCGUCUUUCAUCCAACAACAAGGCUUCAUUUUGCAUCUACGCAUCCUGUACCUGCGAAUGCUGCUGAGGCGAGAGGAAAUGAUCAGCCUGGCCUAUGGGAGGAAGGCUGCACAGCUCUGCAUCGACGUGGCUACGGAAGUUGUCGCUGCUGUCGAGGCAUCUUAUACUUCUCAGAGAUCAAAACGCUGCGAGCGUCACGCUUAUCUACACCAUCUGACCGGUGCUCUGGUUCCCAUGAUCUGCAUCAUUGUUAAACAGAAUAACUCAGAUGAUUUGACCCGGCCAGCUAUAACUCUCCUCAACAAGUCCCUCAAAAUUAUGGAGUCCUUCUCUCAAGGCUCUUUCCUGGCUCGACGCAUCUUACAACAACUACGGCGACCCAUUAAGGUGGCUCGGGACAUUAUUGAAUCUCAAUGGCCUCAGAAUGCUCGAUCUGGCGCAGCUCCGAAUACGAUUACAGCGCCUCUGGGUCCCAUACAGAAUGGUCGCUGGAACAGUGGCAAUGUUAAUCCUUAUAAUGAUUGGGACCUUUCUCUGCCGCAUAUUUAUCAGGAGCCCUUCCAAGACCCCAUGCAGAAGUCAUCGGAAAUGCCUUUUCUAUGGGAUGAUAGUAGUGUAGAUCUUUGGAAUAACUUCAACUGGUCAGGGUAG